AUGGAGAAGACGUGCCAGAGCUGCAAGUGUACCAGGGAACUCCACGACGUCUACCACGAGGACUGGGUCAACGUGAGGGAGAGACUUGGCCUCGGCGAUUCCCUCGGACGCAGCAGCCGAGAGUUGUGCCUUCAGGAGGGCUACACGUGGGUGCCACCUGGCCUCACCAGCGAGCAGAUCUAUGACUAUAUGAGCUGCCUGCCGGGCCACAAGGUUCCCCGGCUCGGCACACCCGGAGAGAAGUCGCGAGAGAGGCAGUUGAUGUUGCAGUUGCCCAAGCAGGACCUGGCGCUGGACUACACGCGUCACGUUGAGCCACAGUUCCAUACUUCCUUCAAGGAUUUCGUGGCUGCUAGGAACGAUAUUGCACUGGAUAUCGGCAUUAUUAAGCCCCACAUUCCACAUGAUAUUGAGUGCCGAGGUUGCGGCGGCGUGGUGACCAAGGGCAGCGUCGGAGUGGUGGCGCCCCGUUUCGGCGAGGAGGCGGCGUGGCAUCCGGCGUGCUUCGUGUGCGGCACUUGCAACGAACUGCUAGUGGAUCUUGUGUACUGCGUGUGGGAGGACACCAUUCACUGCGCGCGCCACUACGCCGAGAAGCUCAAGCCGCGUUGUUCUGCUUGUGACGAGCUCAUUUUCAGCGGGGAGUACACCAAAGCCAUGUCAAAGGACUGGCAUUCGGGCCACUUCUGUUGCUGGCAGUGCGACGAGUCCCUCACUGGGCAGCGCUACGUCCUGAAGGAUGACCAUCCCUACUGCAUCAAGUGCUACGAGGCGGUCUUCGCCAACACCUGCGAGGACUGUAACACUACUAUCGGCAUCGACUCCAAGGAUUUGUCGUACAAGGACAAGCACUGGCAUGAGAAAUGUUUCCUGUGCAACAAGUGCCAGGUGUCCCUCGUGGACAAACAAUUUGGAUCCAAGAUGGACAAGAUAUUCUGUGGCCCUUGUUACGACUCCCAAUUCGCCACGCGUUGCGACGGCUGCGGAGAGAUCUUCAGGGCAGGUGAGUACUACGUGUGAUGUUAUUUACGUUGU